UCCCCGUCGCGCUCGUCUCGGUUCGCGCGUGACUCGCGUUUCGCGCGUUCCUUGGUGCGGGUACGGUGUGUCUCCGAUCUGAUCCCGGAUUCGCGGGGUGCGUCUCUCCGCAUUGUUUCUUUUUUUUUUUUUAUUCUCUUACUUUUUUUUCCCUCCUCGACUCUCGCCUCUCCCAUCGAGGUUCGAGAACGACGCGAUGUCCUCGCUGAAGGACGAUAAACCGCCGUGCGCGCGACUCUGCCACAUCGUCAAGUGGGACGACUUCCCCGGUUACGGUUUCAAUCUGCACGCGCAGAAGGGCAAGAACGGCCAGUUCAUCGGCAAGGUGGACGACGGCUCGCCGAGUCAGGCGGCCGGUCUGCGUCAGGGCGACCGGAUAAUCGAGGUGAACGAGAUCGACAUCGCGAACGAGACCCACAAUCAGGUGGUCGAGCGCAUCAAGGCAUUCGCCAACGAGACCAAGCUGCUGGUGGUCGAUCAGGAGGCCGACGAUUAUUUCAGGGAGAACAACAUCGUUAUCAAGGGCACUAUGCUCAACAUCAAGGUGAUCAAGACGCCGGAAAGGAAUCCCAACAGCGUGGAGGAUCGCUCCGACGGCAGCAACUGCUCAGUCGACGAGAACACGCAGAAGUCAAUCGGCUCCAACGACACAGCGCACAGCAACAGCACCACCAUGGCACAGACGACGACUAGCAACAGCAGCGGCAAUAUGCGGGAAAACGGCAACGGUGACAUGAACCACGUGCACGGCACGGGUAACGGCAGCGUGGGGGAUGUUGCGAACAGCAGCGAGCCCCGAUCCGAAGGCCUGAACCUGAAGAUGAGCGUGAAGGAGCUCAGGGAGCAGCUGGCGAAGCGCAAGAAGUACGACCCGAAGAAGGAGUCGAUCGGCUUCAAGGACAAAUUCGACAUCGUGCAGAAACUAUAGAUGUAUCCUCUCGCCUGUGUGACACAUCGGUAAUUCCUUUCCCUUAUUCCUCUCUUUAGAGCCGCCGUUGUCAUCGCCGCUCGACGACGAUGACGACGGUUUCCUCCUUACGAUAUAACACGCCGUGUUAUAACCGAUCAAAUUGUUGUCGUUAUAAUAAAUAAACACGCGAUACUCCGUUAUUUAGGCGCGAACGCGCCAAGCGUCAAUGUCGAUAUCGUAACAUUGAUACACGUACUCGUAUUUAGUGACAAAGAAUGUUGCGGAGAAUAUUAGGAUAAAGAAAGAUAAUGCUGUUUGUACGCGUGUAAGUACAUUGUUAAUUUUUCGGUUUACACGAAGACAAACUUACACGUGCAAUCUCUGUCGCUUCCACGUCGGAAGUUACGACGGAUUUCGAACCAGUUGAGCUUAUCAACCUUUAAAAGAUAGAACUAUAAUAAAGAGAAAGUUUUUUUUUGACACGUUUCAAAUUAUUAUUUUUUUUUUUAUAACAAUUAUAGUUACACAUAGUGAUCUAAAUAUAUCUAUCGUUUUCUUUUCCGAAGCAAGGCACAAUUUAGUUUUAUUAAAAAUGUUCCUGUUGUAAAUAUAAUUACAACACUUCCCGAUAUAUAUUAUUAGCGGAUAAUUAAAUCUCACGCUCUCGACUUGAUUACCCACGGGGAGUCGUCACAUUCACUUCUAAGCAUCGUCUCGUCCAUUAAAUUCGGGAGAUCCGCUUGCCGCUUCUUCCCACGACUUUCUCUGACAAGAAUUUAUCUUUUGAUGUAGUAAUCAUUUCGAACGUUACGUCGAUCGUGUUAAUCCUUUGCCGGAAUUCUCAAUCGCGAAUAAAGAGUGACUUUGAACAGAAAUCGGAAAUUUAUCUCGACAUUCAAAUUUCAUAGUCUUGAUCAAUAGUCCGGAGCAUAAAUCAUAGAAAAUUAACUUAUUGUUAGUAUUCAUUGUGAAACUAUAAAGUUACAGUAAAUAUUCGAUUAUUUAAAGGAUUUUUUCAAGCAUUUUAAAUAUUUGUGUUUUUAAUUUCGUGAACGUUAAUUUCUGUUUUCUGUUUAUCGCGAUUUAUUGAUUUAGUCACUUGAGGCUGAAGAUUGACACGAUCGCGUCAGAAUGAUAAAUUGAUGUCGACAUAUGGAGAAUUGGACGCGCGCGCGGAACCUCUUGGUAAUCUUUCUAUGCGAAGCGUAAAAAAUUCGCAUGAGUCGCGCAGAUGUCAAUUCCGACUGUAUCCGCCUAGAGUCUCAGUCGUGGCGAGGUUUUAAGGACUCGCAAGGACGGACGUUCCUCGCGUGCAAUGGACAUGCGAAGUCAGUCAGUCGCCCGUUGCACGUUCCAAGGACGAGCGCGCUGACGAGCGUGGGGAGAAAGUACACAGACGAGUCUUCUCAUUGUCAGUUUAAUCUCCGUUAUCGAAUUCAGGACGCGAGUCGUUUUUACGCGCGUUACAACAUCGGGCAAAGAUUAAACGUCCGCGAAUCUUGUAAUCUACAAUAAACCGUUUUGAUAUAUUUGCUCAAAUUUGACUCGGUACUUAACGUGGUUAAUUCGAAGUACUAACAACGUAGACAACGCCACAAGAAUUAAACACUAAACUAAAAUGAGUAAUUACUCUGAUUAAUGGUUGAUGUGAUAGUCACAUUGUUUGAAUGAUAUCGUUACGAAUAACACACAUGGCAAGCUUUCGUAUAAAUAAUUUACAAAAUUAAAAAAAAUUUUUCUUUUGAUUCUCUAAAAUAUAUUUUUCUUAAUAAUUUUUAGUACUUUAAUUAGAUCGACGAUUUUAUUCCAGAUGUGAUUAGUUUUCAGAAAGAAUAUCCAGUUCGAUGAUAAUUAUUUAAUUUCCAGUCAUAUACUUUUUGAUAAGAGAAAAUAUACUGGACAUUUUUAAUAAGCGUAAUAUUAGCGAUAAAUAUAAUGUAAUGUUAGUGACUAAUUGGACCAAUUAAAUUCAUGGGUUAUCAUCUAACUUAAAGAUUAUCUAAGAUAAGAAGAUGGGAAUCCUAAUGUUUCUCGUCAUUAGUGCCACAAAACAUCAUUUAAUUAUCGAUUUAUUUAAUAAUUUAUAAUUUUGCUGAAAAAGAAUAUAAUUUCUUACAAUUAUUGAUGAGAUUUUAUGCACUCUAGAAAUUAAAAUUUUCCCAAAAAUAUGUGACUUUGCAAUUUAGAAAAAGGAAUUGAAGAUAAAUUUUCAAAAAAAUUAUGCACUUUAUUUACAGCCGCGCGAUUUCUCGAUUCUUUUCAUGUGCACUCUCUUCCUUUCUUUAUUCCCUUUCAUUGUAGUUUCCGGUUAACGACCGCCACGGUCACUGAUUGCGACACGUCUCGUAGAAGAACGCGUGCUAACGUUCUUCGAAUAAUUUUCAUAUCAUUAGACUUAUGCACAAUACAAUACGUAUAUUACAAUAGAUAAAGAAAAAUGCAAUGAUAUCUACUGAAAAUUCAUAGGCAAUUAAUAUCGAUACAAGUCGAAAGGGAAAAAUAUGAUUCAAUCGUAAUCUCGAUUCUUCAACAUAAUUUAAUUGGCUUAUCACACGAUAUAUAUUAUGGGGUGUUCGCGAAGCUACUCAUCGCGGUCAUUUAUCUUUUUAAUAUUACACGAAUAUUCUUGACGAACGAUAA